GCCCACCCUCCACUCCUCUGCACCCCUCCCCAGUCGGUUUGCGUGCCCAGGCAACGUCGACCUCACCCAUAUCGGGGACGAGAUUCCAAAGGAAAUUUCAUUCUUCUAUUCGCCAUCCCACCAGGAAGGAAGGAGUGAGAAACAAAGCCGCUGCCUCCAGUUCCGGGUCCAGGCACUUUCUAGGUAAUGAUGGAUCUACAGAGGACUCAGUCCUUGCUUCUGUUCUUGGUGCUGACCCUGCUGGGGUUAGGGCUUGUACAGCCCUCCUAUGGCCAGGAUCGAAUGUACCAACGGUUCCUUCGACAGCAUGUGGACCCUCAGGCGACAGGUGGCAAUGACAACUACUGCAACGUGAUGAUGCAGAGACGGAAGAUGACUUCUGUCCAGUGCAAACGCUUCAACACCUUCAUCCACGAGGACAUCUGGAACAUUCGUGGCAUCUGCAGUACCGCCAAUAUCCCCUGCAAGAACGGCCAGAUGAACUGUCACGAAGGUGUAGUGAAGGUCACGGACUGCAGAGAGACAGGGAACUCGAAGGCCCCCAACUGUAGAUACAGGGCAAGAACCAGCACUAGGCGAGUUGUCAUUGCCUGUGAGGGUAACCCAGAGGUCCCAGUGCACUUUGACAGAUAGACGCUGUCCUGCAGCUGUUACAGCUGAUAGUUGACCUCUGAGUCAGUGAGACCAGCAACGAGUGAUGGCCCCAGGCUUUGUUUCCUCUGCUUGUGCCUUAUACUCACAUAUAUCCAAUAUAACCCAUAGUGUUAAGUGCAUCCCGUCCGAGGGAAGAAGGAAGCCUCUGCUCACGGCACUGAUGGCUCGGUUCUCCCAGCUUCUAUCCCCUGGAUCUUAUGCAUUACGUGUAUUCAGAUAGUAUCUCAACUGUUAUAGAGAGCUUUUCCUGUCCGAGUUGUCUCAUUCCAAUCCUCUAACACCCCUUGAUACCAAUUCUGCCACUGUAUUUAGAAGCUUUGAGUUAAAGGAUUUGACGACCACACACACACACACACACACACACACACACACACACACACACAAACCAGUGGAAGCUCUCAGACAAAAACCCAACUGAAUGGGCUAUUCACAAAAGGGGUUACCCACUUUGUUAUAUAUACUUUCUGUUAUCCCAAAAUGUCAUCGUUAGGGAAGCCACUAAGAGUUUGGAAAUAGGGGCUGGAGAGAUGCCUCUGUGGUUAAGAGCAUUGGCUGUUCUUCUAGAGGACCCAGGUUCAAUUUCCAGUGCCCACACGGCAGCUCACAACCGUCUGUAACCCAGUUCUAAGUGAUUUGACACCUUCAUGCAGACAUACAUGUAGGCAGAACACCAAUGCAUAUAAAAUUAAAAUAAAGAUUUUGGAAAUAACAUAUUGGCAAAAUGAGAGUUACUUGGCAUUAUUUUAGUUUGUGGCUUCUACGAUUUUUUUUUUUAAAUACAUGAAAAAUGUAAUAAAUCACUAAGAUUCGUUGGGCCUUCUCCUCUGAAAGAUUUUCAAUAUUUUAUUACAAUAAAGAGCUGUAUGUUGAGUCAACUG